UCUACCGUACCCACUGACCUACAAACCGCACUCGUAUUUUCAUUUGGGAAAUGUCAAAGGGGAUCGUUUUCCUCUACAGCAAUUGGCUGCCCCAUCAGCUGAUAUCAAUCAAACUAAGCCGACCAAGUCAGAGGACACGCAGAGCCGAAUACAUUACAUGUGCUUCAGCUGCACCCGGCUUACUGCUCAUUGAGAAACACCCUUGCGCUCUGCCAAAAUCGGCGGGCGUUUGUCGAAUUCCUCUGAGCGCCAUUCAACGCGCAAAUACCUCGCAAGCGGAAGCCUCUCGCAAACGAGCAGAAGUGCUACCUACAACUGAAGAGGAGUGGCUACAUCACGAAAAAGAGUACAAUGGCCUGUGGAACUUCCCUCACUGUAUCAGGAGCAUGGAUGGUAAACAUGUUGCUAUACAAGCCCCAAUAAAUACUGGAAGUGAGUAUUUCAACUACAAGUCGUUUUUCAGCAUCGUCUUAUUUGCAGUAGUUGAUGCUAAUUACUGCUUCACCUACGUUUCGGUAGGCAACCAAGGAUGACUGUCAGAUGGCAUGUUUGCUCAUAGCUCGUUGC